AUGCCUAGAAUCACACCUCUACGGAUCCUCCUUCUCAUACCGGUCUUCUACGCCGUUCUCGUCCUGCUAUGGGCGGCUCUGCCAUCGCCCGAAGUGCCGUGGGGGACAGACAUCGUAGGCAAGGCCGCGGAGCAUCUAUGGCGCGGCGGCACCAUCACCCGGGUAUAUGAUGUCGACGACUUCUUCCCCCACGCGGACUCAUCGCCUUAUGUGCAGACGGCGCGGCGCUCCCAGCGCUUGUCCUUCGCCUUGGACUUCGCGUACAAUGCCAGCUCGCGCCGGCUGGCGAUCAGCGGGUAUUACGAUACGCAGGUGUGGAAUGUCAGCAUGUUGCUGGAGGUUGCGUCGUACCAAGACGACAAUGUAUAUCUCACGGAGAGUUUCGGUGUGGAUGUCAAGACGGGGGACCACGAUGGUAUCAACUUGCCGUGGUUUACGCCCGCGGACGCCACGCUGCUGUUCUGGGAGAUUCACGAGGAGGUAGUUCCGGUUCCGUUGCGUUUGCGGGCGCAUGGGGACAGAAAUAUCCAAGUCCUUCCUGACAGUGAAGUUUGGGAACACGCGGAAUUCGCUUCGCGGCAGCAAAGUACUGUCCCGCUGCUGAGUCUGGUGGUUGAUCCGACAGACCCAGAGCGCGAGCUACAACACGCAAUCUGGCCGUCCGGGGAUGUCGCGCCGAAUUCGUCCCCCUCCAGCACAUUCAUGGCCAGACGCGCGAUCCUCCGCAUUCUGCUCCCGUCAUGGUCCCUAGUCGCUGAUGUCUUGAUGCCGCGUGUUGGGAGGCUGAUUGUCCUCCUGGCUACGGCGGUGUCUCUCGCCUUCUGGGUGUUUGUCGUGUACGCGGCGGUUGUGCUGGCGUGCUGGAAGGCCAGCGGGAUGACCGAUUUCUGGCCUUGGGCGCGCACAUUCUGGAUGACGAGGCGCGUGGUCAGCUAUCUUGGUGCCAAAAUCUCGCCCGCCAGAGAUCCUGCAGAGGGCAAAGUGGUGGUGGAUGAGAGCGAGGGGGCCGAGACGAUCGACGAGGUCGCUAGGACGGGUCCAACGCCGCUAACGAGUCCGUGGGCGUUCUUCACCAGCUCGUCGCCGCUGGACGAUCUGUUUGUCACUUUCGAGGCGACCAAGCCGUUGGUGCAGCCGCUCGGCCGGAGUGGAAUGCGGCGGCGAAGGACCGGCGAUCUUGAGGGACAGGUCGAGUCUACGGCGUCUACUUCAUCUGCGAGCAAAGAAGCGAACGGCGAGAUUGCCACUGGCGAGAGUCCUGCUCCUCCACCAUAG